AUGCUCCCCACCUCUUUCGCUCUCUCCUUCUUCCUCUUUCUCUCUCUCUCCUUCUUUCUCUCCCUCCCUCUUUCUCUCUCCUUCUUUCUCUCUCGCUCCCUCUUUCUCUCUCUCCUUCUUUCUCUCUCUCCCGCUUUCUCUCUCUCUCCCUCUUUCUCUCUCUCCUUCUUUCUCUCUCUCCUUCUUUCUUUCUCUCUCUCUCCCUCUUUCUCUCUCCUUCUUUCUCCCGCUCCCUCUUUCUCUCUCUCCUUCUUUCUCUCUCUCCCUCUUUCUCUUGCUCCCUCUUUCUCUCUCUCCUUCUUUCUCUCUCUCCUUCUUUCUCUCUCUCCCUCUUUCUCUCUCCUUCUUUCUCUCGCUUCCUCUUUCUCUCUCUCCUUCUUUCUCUCGCUCACUCUUUCUCUCUCUCCUUCUUUCUCUCGCUCCUUCUUUAUCUCUCUCCUUCUUUCUCUCGCUCCCUAUUUUCUCUCUCUCCUUCUCUUUCUCUCUCUCUCCUCUUUCUCUCUCCUUCUUUCUCUCGCUCCCUCUUUCUCUCUCCUUCUUUCUCUCUCUCUCUCUUUCUCUCUCUCCUUCUUUCUCUCUCUCCCUCUUUCUCUUCCCUCCUCUCUCGGUUUCUUUAUCCUUUCUUUCUCUCCUCUUCCUUUCUUUUGUUCUUUCUUUCAUUUUUUCCUUCUUUCACCAUUUAUUUUGUCCUUUCAUAAUUUGUUUAUUUGUCAUUUUCCCUUUUUUAUUUAUUUACCCUUUUCUUUGUCCUUAUUUCUUUCAUUCUUUCUUCCCUUUCUUUCUUUUUUCUUUCUUUCUUUCUUUUCUUUUUUCCUUUUCUUUCUUUCUUUCUUUUUUCUUUCUUUCUUUCUUUUCUUUUUUCCUUUUCUUUCUUUCUUUCUUUUUUCUCUCAUUCAGUUUUAA